AUGGGUACACCAUGCAAUCGCUCUUCGUCUAAUUCUGAUCAUCCUUUUGAGAACUUGAUCUUUUCAGGAGCGGCUGAGGGUCAGGGUUUGGGUAAUGCUUUUCUAUCCCACGUGUCCGCAUGCGAGGCUCUAUUCCACCUCCUGAGGGCCUUUGAGGACGAAGACGUCACUCAUGUGGAAGGUGAGGUCGAUCCCUGUCGUGACCUGGACAUCAUCAGUGACGAGUUGUUUGCCAAAGAUUUACAGCUGUUGGCUGGAAUAUUGGACAAGGUUGAGAAGCUGGUCACGAGAGCGGGUGAUAAAUCGCUGAAGGUGGACUAUGAUACCUUGAUGAGGGUGAAGAAAGAUUUGGAAGAGAAAAAACCAAUUCGGUUGGACACGUGGAAUGAGAAGGAGAUAGAGGUCCUUAACAAACAUUUGUUUUUGACGGCGAAGCCGAUCGUCUACUUGGUUAACCUUUCGGAGAAGGAUUAUAUACGAAAAAAGAACAAGUGGCUCCCUAAGAUUAAGGAGUGGAUAGAUAAAAAUGAUCCGGGUGCGUCUCUGAUACCGUUUUCGGGUGCUUUGGAGAUGAAGCUACUUGAUAUGCCAGAGGAUGAACGAGACAAGUACUUGAAAGAAAAUCAAACAAGUUCAAACUUAGACAAAAUUGUUCAUACUGGCUACAAAGCUCUUCAGCUGGAGUACUUUUUCACUUCUGGGAAAGAUGAGGUGAAGGCUUGGACAAUCCAGAAGGGAACUCUGGCACCAAAAGCAGCUGGCCGCAUCCACACCGAUUUUGAAAAAGGCUUCAUCAUGGCUGAAGUAAUGAAGGUGGCCGAUUUGAUGGAACUUGGGGAGGAGAACAAAGUGAGUAAUAGCCAUGUCUCUUACUGGCUGAUAUUGAUACUUGCAAUUGCGUAA